AUGGCUACCUACUCCGCGAUCAGCCCCGAGCCAGCAGACGAAGACCCCAUGUCUUCAAGUAUCGGGUCGCUAAGAGGAAGAAGGCGAGGCAGAGGCAAGCACGAUGCUGGGUUCAAGGGAGAGGCGACGUGGAUCUCGAGUGUGAUCAACCUGGCCAACACCAUCCUUGGCGCUGGUCUUCUCGCCAUGCCAUCGGCCCUCUCCAAAAUGGGCAUCUUCCUCGGCAUAUUCGUGAUCGCGUGGGCUGGCACAACCGCGGGUUUUGGUUUAUACCUCCAGACUCGAUGCGCGCGGUAUAUUGAUCGCGGCCAUGUGUCAUUUGCGACCCUGUCCCAGAUGACCUACCCGAACCUCUCCAUCUUAUUCGAUGCCGCGAUCGCGAUCAAGUGCUUUGGUGUGGCAGUCAGUUACCUGAUCAUCAUUGGAGAUUUGAUGCCGGGAGUGGUCAGAGGCUUUGCGCCAGGCGCUGCACACAUGGCGUUCUUGGUCGAUAGACAGUUUUGGAUCACUGCGUUCAUGCUUGUCGUUAUUCCCUUGUCCUUCCUUCGCCGUUUGGAUUCGCUCAAGUACACGAGCAUAAUUGCCCUUUUCUCUAUUGCAUACCUUGUAAUUCUGGUUGUCGCACACUACAUUAAAGGGGAUACCAUCGCAGACCGAGGAGAAGUCCGCGUGUUUCAAUGGGCCGGUACCGUGCCUGCCCUCGCUGCGUUCCCUGUCAUCGUCUUUGCAUACACAUGCCACCAGAACAUGUUUUCGAUUCUCAACGAAAUUGCCGACAACUCUCACUUUCGGACAACAACCGUCAUCUUUGCUUCCAUCGGCGGCGCAUGCGGUUUAUACAUUUUGACUGGCAUCACCGGCUACCUUUCCUACGGCGACAAGAUCCACGGCAACAUCGUAUCCAUGUACCCUACCGCGGCCGCUAGCACCAUCGGUCGACUUGCCAUUGUCAUUCUAGUCAUGUUCUCGUACCCCUUACAAAUCCACCCUUGCCGCGCUAGCAUCGACGCCUGCCUCAAGUGGCGUCCCAGCGGUGCGCGCAAACAGGUCGAAGGCAGUCCGUCACGUGCCAGCCUCAUGAACAACGCGCCCAAGCCUGGCGCCCCCAAGAGCGCCGAAAUGAGCGACCUCCGCUUCGCAAUCAUCUCCACCGUUCUCAUUGUCCUGUCUUUCAUCACCGCCAUGACCGUCACCAGCCUGGAAAAGGUACUGGCGUACGUCGGGUCCACGGGUUCAACGACCAUUUCCUUUAUUCUUCCAGGGCUGUUUUACUACAAGAUUUCGGAUCCAGAGUCUACUCACCACCAGCGCCUCAUCAAGGACGAGGAUGACGAGGAUGAGUUCCAGAGUGGCGAGGUUGAAGGCUAUGUCACGCGUGAGGGGCAUAUGAAUCGUGAUCUUAGAAGGGGAUUAUUGAGGAAGAUGGCGCUUGCACUGAGUAUUUACGGUGUCAUUGUUAUGGUGACUUGUCUGAUUACGAAUACCUUUUUAGUCGCGGCUGCGCAUUGA